AUGCGUUUCUGCACAGACGUACAACAUCCCACUGGAAACUCAGGCAGACAAGCCGCGGGCCUGGCACCCUUGCCGCAGUUGCAUUUUGAGGGUUUUGAGCCUUCGCCACAUCACUCCGAUGACAUUCGUGCAGAGGUAGACGACAUUACGGUACGUUAUCAGGCUUAUAUAUAUGAGUACUAUCUGAGCACCGCACAGGAGACUGAAGAGCAUGUGUCUGACGCGCCAGUUUUCGAUCUUGGACGAGUUCAAUACGCCUUCCCCGCCCCUCUAAUAUCUUUUGUUGUCAGUUCCGACAUGCUUGCCAUGGGGUUUGCCUCCAACUCCAUUGUGCUUAUAGAACUGUCACAUGCGGACCAAGUCAUAAAGGUCCAGAUCCCGAGAAAACCCACAGAGAUGACCAUACACAAGCUCUUUAUGGACCCUUCGGGACGACAUAUCAUCAUCACAUCUCAACAAGGGGAAAAUUGGUACUUAUUCCGAACUUGGAAGAAGCCCCGCCAACUGAAAGGCUUCAAGAUGGUAAUUGAAAGUGUGGCAUGGAACAAAUCUGCUCUGCUCUCUUCUUCCCAUUCGACCUCAACCAAAGAAAUCCUUAUAGGAGGUAGGAACGGCGUUGUGUACGAGGCCGUUCUUGACGCAGAGGAAGAUUUCUUCAAAUCACAAGAACGCUAUCUGCAGUCGGUAUAUUCCCUCCCAGAAAAGCAUCCGAUCACAGGCAUUAAGUUCGACUAUUCUCCUCCGUCGGACCCCAAGCACGCCCUGGUACUUGUGACGACUCUGACUAGGAUAUACCAAUUCUUCGGAGUUGUCGAUCGAAAAUCUGAAGAGGGAGGAAGAGUUUUCUCUGCCCUUUUCGCUCAGUAUCGCGAAACAAUCCUCGAACUUCCUGGAAAUCUCAAUUCUUCAGAAUUGCAGUUUUUCACACCGAACUCUGAUCAAGCGCUGUCAACACCGAAACGUUUGGCGUGGAUAACAGGACCUGGAAUUUAUCAUGGAAGCUUGAAUUUGGAACCCAGCACUGAAGACCAUAUCGAUGCCGCUCAAUUACUUCCCUACCCAUCAUUCGUAGCUUCUUCAAGCGAGAUACCAGAGGCUCCUUUGUCGCUAUCUUUGACUGAGUUCCAUUUCAUUUUGCUCUAUAAGAAUCGGAUAGUGGGAAUCUGUAAUCUGGACGAUAAAAUAACUUACGAGGAGACGUUGCCUAUUAAAGCCAACGAAGUAAUCCGCGGUCUGGCAUCCGAUCCCGUUCGCAAAACAUACUGGGUGUACACCGAUCAAUCCUUAUUCGAGCUGGUGGUCGGUAACGAGGAUCGGGAUGUCUGGAAGAUAUAUCUCGAGAAAGGUGAAUUUGACACUGCCCUUCGGUACGCAAAGACAGCUGGCCAACGCGACCAGAUUAUACUUGCACAGGCAGAAAGUUUUUUCACUGAAGGUCGUUACUAUCAAGCUGCACAAUCGUACGCCCGUUGUUCUGCUUCGUUUGAGGAGGUCGCUUUAAAGUUGCUGGAUGUUGGGGAGCGUGAUUCUUUGAGGUCAUAUUUGAUAUCAAGGUUGGAACGAAGUCGCAAAACAGACUUAACACAAAGGAUGAUGCUUGCGACUUGGUUGGUUGAGUUCUACUUAAGCAAGUGCAAUGAAUUGGAUGACAUUGUGGCAUCCGAAUCGGUUUCUCAUGAUGUCGACAACCUAAAAGCUGAACGGAUCAUUCUUUCUGAACUAUGCUUUAUCAAACAGAGCAACCUCGAUAAAGAAACUGUCUACGAACUCCUUCAAAAUCACGGGAGAGUCGAUAUGUAUCUUCACUAUGCCACCGCGGUAGGUGAUUUUGAAAGGGUUGCGGAGCAUUGGAUUCUCGAAGAGCAAUGGAUAAAGGCCAUCGAAACCAUUAAUCGCCAGUCAGACCUUGACCUUUACUAUCGUUUUGGUCCUGUUCUCAUUCGCCAAGCGCCCAAAGAGACUGUAGAUGCCUGGCUUCGUCAACCUUCACUUGAUCCUCUUCGCCUCAUUCCUUCCCUCCUCCAACUUCAACAUGCUCAUCCUGAUCCGUUAUCUCCGAAUCAAGCAAUUCGCUACCUUAAUCACGUCGUAUUUGAGCAGCAGAGCACGUUGCCCACUAUACAUAAUCUACUAAUUAUCUUCUACGCAUCGUCAUUGGAGGACGAUGGCCCUCUUCUUCGGUUUCUAUCCUCAGCACCGACUGAUGCAAACACGGGAAGACCAUAUUACGAUUUGGAUUACGCACUACGUCUGUGCAAAUCGACCGGUCGCACCCAACCCUGCGUGCAUAUAUAUUCCAAGAUGGGUUUAUGGGAAAACAGUGUGGACCUUGCGUUGGAAAAAGGAGAUCUGGAGUUGGCAAAGAUCAACGCAGAUAUGCCCGAAGACGACCAGCCUUUGCGCAAAAAGUUAUGGCUCAAAAUCGCUCGCUAUGUGGUCCAAGAUAAGAAGGAUAUCAAAUCGGCUAUGCGAUUCCUGGAAAAUACGGAUCUUCUCAAAAUUGAGGAUAUAUUGCCCUUCUUCCCUGACUUUGUGGUGAUUGAUGAUUUCAAAGAGGAAAUCGCCCAUGCAUUGGAAGGCUAUUCUUCACACAUCGAAACACUGAAAAGCGAAAUGGAUGAAGCUACACGGACCGCGGAAUCCAUUCAACAGGACAUCGCCGCGCUCAAGCAGCGAUUCAUCACCAUCGAUGCUGGCGAACAAUGCUCAACAUGUUCAAAUUUGUUGUUGACCAGGCAGUUCUAUGUAUUUCCUUGCCACCACUCAUUUCAUGCUGAUUGUCUGAUUGGACUGAUUAAAGAAUAUUUGCCAGCACAUGCGUUACGUAGAAUCAUCACGCUACAAGAUCAGCUUGUUAAAAAUAUCGAGGGAGGGGUGAAGGCGGAAAAGUUGAGGGCGGAGCUAGACGACUUACUUGCAAGCACCUGUCCAUUGUGUGAGAGUGUUGUCUCUGGGCUUGAUAAGCCGUUUGUAAAGGAGGGAGAGGUGGACACAUCAUGGGCGUUAUAA